AUGUGGAUAAAUAGUAUAUACCUGGCUGUUAUCUUGCUCUGCCUACUGGUGACUACGCUCUCAGGCUCAAGGGUGAAUUGUCAUGAUAAAGAACGCAUACGUGAGGAUCAUAUACACUUGUGUUGCAAGCAUCCCGACGGUCACAACGUUAUCACUGAAACGUGCGCCAAGCAAACCAAAUUCAAUCUGCCAUCGUCCAAGGAGGAGGCACCGGAGGAUCUUGCUGCGGGAGAUGUGAUGAAUGGCACUUGCUGGGCCAAAUGUGUUUUCGACAAUUACAAGUUCCUGAACCACGACGCACUCGACAUGCAGGUGGUGCGCAAUCACUACAAGACCUUUCAUCAACUCGAUCCCGAAUAUGAAUCGGAAAUGAUUGCCGCCUUCGAUCAAUGCCACUCCAAGGCGGAAAAAGCCAUAUCCGACUUUCUAUCGACGCGCGUGUUGUCCUAUACUAUUGGAAAGAUCCAUAAUUGCAAGCCCAUGGCGGCUAUCAUUUUGUCUUGCGUCAUCUUUCACUUCUUUCAUAGUUGCCCGAGAAGUCGCUGGUCCAAUACUACAGAGUGCAUGGAGACGCUAGAUUUUGCCAAAAAGUGCAAGCGUGUUCUACAGACCAUGUGA